CGCACUGCGGAUAAAAACAGACUGUGUCUGAGGGAAAUUCAACUUUUACAGUAUCAGCGUGUCCUUCCUGACGUGUCGAGUGUAAGCGUGAUGCGGCGUGACAGGUCCGUAAGCAGACGGAAGCAGGUGACUCCGAGGCACAGGACUCCACCACGCACACGCAGAGACAGUGGACCCUCAGAGGCGUCACCGCGGAAGAAACGGAGGUUCCGCCCUGGCGUGAGAGCUCUCAUGGAGAUCCGAAAGUUUCAGAAGUCUACAGACCUUCUUCUGCGUAAAGGACCCUUUUCACGCCUGGUCAGGGAGGUGUGUCAGGUAUUCAGCAGGGAGAAUCUGAUGUGGCAGGCCUAUGCGCUCUUGGCCCUACAGGAGGCUGCGGAGGCGUUCCUCGUCCGUCUCUUCUCCGAUGCUAAUCUGUGUGCGAUUCAUGCUAAGCGUGUGACUCUGUUCCCCAAAGACAUCCAGCUGGCUCGGCGAAUCAGAGGAGUGGAGAACAUGUGACCUGCUUCACUUCAUGUUUUAACCUUUUUAAAUAAGCGGCGGUGUAUUCGUUUCACACUCAGGUGUGUGUGUGUGUGUGUGUGUGUGUGUGUGUGUGUGUGUGUGUGAGAGAGAGAGAGAGAGAGAGAGAGAGAGAGAGAGAGAGAGAGAGCACGCGAGCGAGCGAUACUAAUCACAAUUUUCCACACUUGUAGUAUUGUUAGAGUAUUAAAUUAAAUGUACACACUUCCCCCUACUUUAAUCCCCAAAUGUAGUGAAAUUAGAGGUGAUGUAAAUAUAAAGGUUAAAUUCCAUCAUUUCAACUUCUGAGGAAAAUAACAUAAUUAUAAUAAUAAAUAUAAUAAAAACAUUUAAUAAUAAUCUUAUUAAUCAGAUUGUGGUAUGAAAUGAUUACAAAUGAUUUAUUUAAUCCAUGCCUUUUUCUUUAUUUUUUUUUUACAUGUGAUAAAGGUCGUAACCUGUGAUAAAAGUUUAGGAGUUUAUUAUAAUAUGGAAAGAUCAGCAGCACAGUGAGUUUGUGUGGAAUAUAUUGGGGGAAAGAAUUAAUAUUUUGUAUGUUUUUAUUAAGAUAAUUACUUUAAAAUGACCUUUAUUAUUCUCCCUCCAUCCUCCAAUAAAAGCCGUGUAUUAGAUCCCGGACUGUGAUAUUCUCCUGAGUACACACGGUUAAACGCAGGUGUAUUACUGCUGUAGCUGUGAGGUAGUUCUGACUGUGAUGAUGCUGUACAUGUGGAAUCAGGAGCUCAUCUCUUCUCGGACACGUUCCCUACCCAGACCUCCUCCUGAGCUGAACACUAGGGGGCGUGGUGGUAUUUCUACACAUCCACAGUAACAGUGUUGUGUGUUGAAUGUUGUGAUUAUCUCAUGUGAGUGUGUUUCACACACCGGCCGUGUUGCGAUUUAUUAACCUGCAACAUUGUGUAAAUGCGUCUCUGGUUUUAAUCAUACGUUUCUGACCUUUUUGAUGUUUGAGUUUUUUUGUUGUUGUAUAAAUUAACUGUUUCGUAUUAUAAUUUGUAUGUAAUGAAGAUUUACAGUCAAUAAAACGUUUUGUAAGAGCGCUGUAUAAGAACGUUUUGUAAACUACAAUUUAUAGUUUGACGAUAAGAUAUUUUUAAUGGUGCUUUUUGGUGGAAAAUUUACUCUCCAUUAGCUGAUGGGUAAAGAGAGGUUAUUUUCAGGUCAUGUGAUUAAAUACUUCCACAAAGGAAGGUGAUUACCUGCUGAUUUCUCUCAGGUGUGGUAAAGCAGGUAAACACACACACACACACACACACUGUGAGAUUAAGAAGCUCUGAGAGCACCUUCAUUUGCAACCUGUUUCUAGUCCAGUUAGUGUCCUUAUUUCUUCUAAAAGCACUGAUUUUGACAGAAUAAAUACACAACAAGUUGCAGAGUAUGACUUUUCCUGUGUUCCUCGACACUUUAUACAGUAAUUCUAAUAGUAAUGUACCUUAUUG